AUGUGGAUUUGGAUUUGGAUAGGGAGCGAAGCACAACUUCAAAACUGAAAACCCCUCUCUCUCUCUCUCUCACUCUCACUCACUCACAUACGAAGCUCAGAGGUCAGGGAACAAAAAUGGCCGCAAUCACAUGCUCGGCUCCCUUAAUUCGCAUCCCUCCUAAUCACCGUACAUCUGUUCCCGGUCCUUCUCUGAAUUUCCCGUUUCGAAACCUCCACCUCCGAACCCGUGGCGUUUCGAACUCCUUCAACGCUUUCACGCUCGAAGUGAAUGAGAAAAAGAAGAAGGAGCAGCUUCUGAGAAUCGUGGCGAGGUCGGUGGAAGACGAAACCCUGAUAAUUCCAGAGGAACAAGAAGCAGUACAAGAAGAAGAAGCAUCGUCGUCUUCUUCGUCAGAGCAAUCGCCCGUUUCGGUACCCGUUUCGGCCUCUGACAUCCUUACCAUGUUCUUUCAGGCAGAGGGAACAAUGAAUGAAGCAGCUAUUCCUAAUGUAACCAAAGCCUUAGAGGAAGCAGAGGGUAUUACUAAUUUAAAGGUUCAAGUUGUUGAGGGUAUUGCGAGUGUUCAGUUGACAAAACAAACAACAGUACAAGCUACAGCAGUGGCUUCCAGUUUGGUUGAGACCAUACAAGGUUCAGGCUUCAAGCUGCAAACUUUAAAUUUGAGUUUUGAAGAUGAAGAGGGUUCCGUUGCCUAGAAGUUAUUUGCUGAUUUUGAAAAGAAAAGAAAAACCGAAAGAAUUACAAAACUCGUAAGAGCAAUUUAUUCUUGAGGACUAUUUCCACAGAAUCUUGGUAUGUAGGCUUCUGAUUGGACGUGUACUGAACUGAUUGUGCUAGUUCAUAUACUGGUGCUGGUGAAAUCAUUUUAUUGCUCAAAAGAUGUUAAAUGUUAUAA